CACAUGCUCAGUUCACAUUCAUCUAACUGCUGCAAGUGUGUCCAGGAGGCUGGACAGAGAGCACAAAGAGGACUGUUGAUUGCUUUUUGGGGACAAGAGACUCUGGGAGCAGUGGAAAAGGAUAAGGCUGUUGUUUUGUUGUUGUGCAGGGAGGCGAAAAGAGGUGUCCAAGCAGAGAAAUGGACGAGACACAAAUGAAUAAAGAGGAGGGCGAGAAGGAGAAAAGAGAAGAGGAGGUGGUGCACCUGCGGAGAGAGAUCAGCCUUCUGCCUGCGGUGUCCUUCAUCAUCGGCACAGUGGUGGGCAGUGGGAUCUUCAUCGCGCCCAAAGGAGUCCUGAUGAACAGUGGCAGCGUGGGGCUGUCUCUGCUGGUGUGGAUGCUCUGCGGGAUCCUCUCCCUGUUCGGGGCUCUGUGUUAUGCUGAACUGGGCACCAGCUUUACAAAAUCAGGAGGCCACUACACUUAUCUCCUGGAGACUCUGGGGCCCCUGCCAGCCUUUCUACGACUCUGGGGUGAAUUCUUAUUCAUCAGGCCUGCUGUUGCUUCUUACGUGUCUCUGGCUUUCGGCCGCUACGUGGUGGAGCCGUUCUUCGCACCGUGUCCUGCUCCCACGGUGCUAAUCAAACUUGUCAGCAUCCUCGGAGUGACGUUUGUCGUGGUGGUGAACUGCUGGAGUGUCACCAUGGCCUCCCGCACUCAGGUCACCUUGACUUUCAUUAAGAUGUUUGCCCUGGUCCUCAUUAUCGUCCCUGGUGUCAUCGCACUGGCCAAAGGAAAGACAGAGAAUUUUCAGAACGGUUUUGAGAUUGACUCGUUAACACUGGACAGGUUGCCACUGGCCUUCUAUAAUGGCUUAUAUGCCUACGGUGGAUGGUUUUAUCUGAACUUUGUCACAGAAGAGGUCAUAAACCCAAACAGGACCAUCCCGCUGGCAAUAAUCUACUCCAUGGUGUCAGUGACCAUCUUUUAUGUGCUCGUUAAUGUGGCCUACUACACCAUGAUGACCCCUGCUGAGGUGCUGAUGUCUGACGCCGUGGCCGUGACUUUUGCGAACCGCACUCUCCAUGGAUUGGCAUCUGUGAUUCCCAUUCUUGUGGCCCUGUCCUGCCUUGGAGCGCUCAAUGGUGGCUUCUUUGGGGCACCCAGGAUGCUCUUUGUGGGAGCCAGGGAGGGACACUGGCCUCCAAUCUUUUCCAUGAUUCACAUCCGCAGACAAACACCUUUGCCUGCUGUGCUGUUACUGUACCCCUUGGUGCUGCUGAUGUUGAUCACCGGAGAGAUCUACCAGCUCAUCAACUUUGCCUCUUUUACUCGCUGGUUCUUCAUCGCCUUGGCAACCUUGGGGAUGCUCAUCCAUCGAUACCGCUUCCCCCUCCACCCAAGACCUUUCAAGGUGCCCCUGGCAAUCGCAGUCACCUUCACCGUGGUUUGCUUCUUCAUCGUGGGUCUGUCUCUCUACUCGGACCCCUGGAACACAGGGUGGAGCUGUGUUCUCACGCUGACCGGGGUCCCGGUCUACUAUAUGACCAUCCACCGCUUUCGCUUGCCCCAUAGAUGGAGGCGCAGCUUCAACUACUGGAGCAAGCAGCUGCAGAUCCUAUUAGAAGUGGCUCAACAGGAAAUCCAGACGUACUGAAGACCACAAAGACUGUUUCCUGGACACCAUGUUAACAAGUCCUAUCAUCUUUUUUCAUUAGUUUAUACCAAUGGCAUCUUGAGAAAACUCUUGCAACAGCUGGGGCUGGUAGCAGGUGGUUUGUCUAACUGCUGUGUUAGCUGAAUGUAAGUUGCUUAUGUUUCUUCAGUGCCGGUUUUUAACAGCAGGAAUAAGAGGUAGUUUUCUUUGUCACUCACAGCUGAAGUUACUGAACUACUAAAGAACCAAUAUCAUUUUUAAAUCAGAGGCAAUCUAAAUGGUUUUGGCUUUUAUUCAGUUAUAAAUAAAAAAAGGCAACCUUGCUAUGCACUUUCUUAGGUAUGAUACACUGUAAAAACUGCUACUAAAACGUAAUUAAAUAUGAGCUGCGAGGCAAAUCAAAGCACAGUUACAGACUGAAUGAAAAGCGCUUUAUGCUGCAUGAGGCACCAACACCAACAAAUUUAUUGUACAGUCGUAGAAACACUAACUUCAGCAAACAAGGAAAGGCACAUGUUUUGAAAACUGAUUGCAAGAAACCAAAUUUCAUUCUUGCAUGCCACUCAAUGCCAUUUGUAAAUGCAAACAUCUCACACAUAUAAACACCCAUGCUAGCAAACCUGACAUUAUUUUAUGGCAUUUUCAUUCCACCAUUCUGUUCUCCAAAGAUGGCGCCGCUAAAAAACUGCUCUAAUCGGAGCUGAACAACUUCUUCCCUGUGUUUCAUCUGUCCAGAACAGAAAAAUGCAAAGGCAAUUUGCAUCUUUAUUGAAAACUAAAAUAAUCUGUGCUAGAAAGACACAAAAUAUUCUGCUCCCAAAGACCGUCUUGUGGUAAAAAAAUGUGGUAUUGACAUGAAGAGUCACUGCAUGCAAAAUGUCCCUCUCUGCAGCUACAAAGUGCUCUUAAGCUGAUACUGAUAAACUAUCACUGUCACCAGGUGAAGACAGGUCUACCAUUACAGAGACAAUCCUACUGCUGUUAGUGCUACUUGCCAUUUUUUAUUGCUAACAACAUACCAGUAUCUCAAUCUAAAAAUCGCUUCCAGGAGGCUGCCUGAACCAAACGGCUGAGGCAUCUCACUGGCUAAAUCAGGCAAUAUAUUGCAUUUCCAUUUACAUAUGUAAAAGCUAAAUUAUAUAUUAAAAUGUGCAAAUCAACAUACAUAUACACUUAGGUGUAUUCCUGCUCUCUAGCGAUUCCUUCACAAGUACAGACAGACAUGACACAUAGGAUAAAUGAGAAAAG